AUGGGCCCUGCUUCUGACCGCGUCUUGCUCUCGUUUUGCACAGUUACCACUCGAACUACAACGCUGAACUCUGUUCCGCAUGCAUCGUUCGCACUGCGCUUCUCUGAACUCCCAGACGUUGAGUCUUCGCUGCACGAAGACGAGGAGCAGCGUGCCGGUAGGACUCUCGACUGGAUCGGGUCGCGUGUAGGUGCGCGCAGUGCAAGAUGGGUUGAGAUGGUCGAGAAGAAAGGAAGGGACGACAGCUCGUGGCGAACGCCGUGGUGGGAUGAGGUGAAGAGGUGUGUGGAGGGCGAGCACGUACCGAGCAAGUAUGAAGGGUGGAACCACCCUGUAGCAGUGAUUUAUGCCGUCUCUACCAUGGCUGCAAAUCCCCUGCAGGCGUUGCAGGACCUGCUCGCACAUCCCGUUGAUUUCCCGCUGUGGGUAGACAAGAUGUACCUGCGUUAUUUUCUCAUCAUACAUCCGUCCAACUCCCCUCUUUCCGAAGCUAUAACGGAGUCCCUUUUUAAUGCGAUCAAGAAGCAAUACGGGCUCCAUGCCCACCUCCUGCAAAUAAGCUUCCCCACAAUGCCCCCGCCGCAACCCGUCCAAGUGCCUCUACCCGUCCCGCAUCUUCCCCCACUCUCCACGAUGGAGACAUCGCCUAUGCCCCCAUCGCAACUCCCCACCGGGCUAACCGUUUCGCCGGUGCCAACGCCCAGCAUACCACCGCCUCAGUCACCUGAUCCAUCUGCUAUGGCAGGUGAUGGUUCCCAGUUGCCUGCCGGCGGUCCAGGCACAUUAUUUCUAUCCCAGGGUGAUAUCCAGGUUAUCGGUCGUUUCAUUCGGGAGUUUGUAGUGAUGAGCUUGGUGCCGUGGAUGGAGAAGUGUGUCAUUGAAUGGAACGAAGCAUACUCAUCGUCCAAACGACUUCCUUCACGCCUCUUCUCUUCGACACGUCGCCUGUUCGGGUCAGGCACAGCCUCUGCUUCUGCCCCAGUUACCCCUACACAUGGCAGCAACGCUUCGAUUUCUUCUAAUGCAGGGCGAUUUGGCUCUCAUGCGCCUAGCAGCUCUGUGACAUCGUUGUCAUCAGUGUCGUCCCUCACUGGAGCAUCUGAAGGCACGGUGACGCAGCAGCGACGACUUGCUGAAUUCGCGACUAUUCUGGGCGACUUCAAGUUGGCUGUUAAUGUAUGGGAAUCGCUCAGAAAAGAUAGCAAAGGGGGCUCUGACAUCCUUCCGCUCCUUGUGGCGUCAUCUCCGGCACUGGCGCUGCACGCAUCAAAUGCGAUAGCAGCAUUGCAAACUGUCGCUGCCGAGAAGCCUGCGUUAGCACAGUUGCGGGCACUCACAUAUGCAGUCCGUUGGGAGAUCGGGAUCGACACGCGCGAGUUCGUGGGGCCGAUACUCGAAGGCGAGCGAUGGCUUGUACAAGCUGCUGGUGCUGCAGAAGAACCACCGGCGGCUCUGUUACUCGCCCACGCUGCUUUCUUGACUUCAAAAAAGGGUGCCCUAAGGCGUUCAGCGCUGUGGUACCUUUUCUCCGCGGAUCGAUUGGAGAAAGCUGGAAUAAAACCCGUAGCUCUGUAUCUCUUCCGCCAAGCGCAUCAGCUAUACUGUCAGCCUCCAGACAAGAACUUGUCGCCCUCUUUCUGGGAUAGUGAGGAUCGCAGUCCUUCGCAGUGGAGAGGGUUUGAUGAAGUACUCCCCGGUAUUGAGCAUGAGCUCGGUCGAUUAUUAUAUACGACAGGAGAUACAGAAGGAGCAGUAAGAUAUUUUGUGGGCCUUCUCCGCGACCCGGGCCUUCGCGUUGUCCCACCGCAAGGCCUAGGUUUGAUCAACGACGAUAGCACAAUUCCUGGACGCGGCGCGUCGACAGACCGAGUAUACCUAGAAGACUUCCGUGUGGCCCUCAAGCACUUCAAAGAUACCGAGCAAGAGCGCUUCAGCUCUACAACCCUCGAGCUUCCUGUGAAGUUCUGCCAGCCGGGGGGGACCCGCGUCAGGCUUCCCGGAAAUGCCAUGAAUGGCGAUCCGCAGCGGUGGCAGCAACUCGAGGAGCAGUGGACGACCUUUUGGAGACCCCGAGGGAAGGAGCGGCUACGGUCUACUGGGAAAGCCGCAGUACAUGAUCCGUUCUGGGUCGACGUCAUUCUCCGGAAUCCGCUGAACGUGGAAGUGACGAUCUCUGGUCUUACUGUUAUUGUUCAAGAUGCUAAAUCAGAAGAACAAGCGUCCACAUCCGACUUCGUUGAGGUUGAAGUUAUCGACGACUUACAACUAGGUGGGAGGGAAACUCGGACGAUCCCAGUCGCAAUCAGCUGCUCGCGGACAGCAACCUUGGUGAUGACACACGUGAAAUUAGACUUCCUCUCACUGCUUCCUGUCACGGAGUCUCUCGCUGUGCGUGGGCGGAGAUUGCACGACACGCCUCAUCAACGACAAAACAAGGUGUAUGCGCCGGACACUUUCAUCGAAGUCGAGGUCGAGGAUUCUGGCUAUAGGCUCCAGGCUGGAUUCGUCGAUGACAGACACCUCACCCUUCAUCAGGGGGAGCGUCGACGUGUUGAUGCUCGACUACAUAACUCUGGCAGGCGGUCAAUCAACGAGCUGUGGCUCGUAACUGAUCCUUCUGCCCAGCUCUGGGUUGAUAGCCCUGAGUCUCAGCUGCCAGGCGCAGUGGAGAGCAUGGAGACACUCCAGUCCACAAACUCACUAGCUUCUCCUGAACCCUGUCUCGUUGAUUUGGCGCACGUGCACUCGACACCUAGCCUUGAGCCCGGGCAAGAGCUAAGGUUACCACUUCUCCUGUACGCUGCCCGCAGCGGAGAGCAUGAUCUCUCACUUCUAAUGGUCUUCCGAGAGACUGGCGACGAUACCUUCUACUCCGCACGACUCACGCGACAUUAUGAAGUCCAGCAUUUGCUUCACAUAGAGUCCUCAACGAUGACCGGACCGUCGCCAGAUAUUCCCCACUCCGUUGAACUGCAAAUUAUCAACGUGGCUUCAAACACUGUCCGGCUUACCCAGGUGACCAGUGUUAGUCAUAUCUGGGAUUGUUCUUCCCUGUCGAGCAGUGGGAUCACUGUGCUACCCCCACAGCAGAGUACCCGUAUCUAUGUGAAAGUGGAGAAGAGUGACAACGAGUUAACUGCAGAAGAGGUUUACGAUUUCGUAUCAAUGCAAUUGCGGCGUGCCAUACAGGGGGACAUGCCGGCGCAAGACACUCCACCAGCCAUCACACUGCGUUGCAAGCAUCUUAUCAGCAGCGAACAUCUGCAUCCAGUUAACCUUCCGUCUACGCGGCAUUUCGUGGAAAACAGUCGAAGAGCCAUGACAGCUGCCGCGAAUUUAGCUUCCCACCCCAACAUACCGCCUCGUCUGCACCCUCACAUCUUUCCGAUUUAUAAUCCAGCCUCGAUUGACUUUCUAGUGUUUUGGGAGGUGCCUUCACAAGGCCGCUCAGGGCACUGCGUGGUAUCCGGCCUACGCUUCGGGGCGACUCACGCGGCUCUGAGGGAGGUCAUCGAUGAGGCGGUGAACGCGAAAGCGAAACGGAGCAUGUAUGCAGAGACGCAGCGCGAACGUGUAGAGAUGCUCGAAGCGAUACGUAACUCGGAAUGGAACUCGGAGACAGACCCAAUGACCGUUGUCACUCAUGACAGCCAGCAGAUUCAACAUGAUUUUUCUGCCGUGCCAAGCACCGGUUGCUUUUACUUUGCGCAAUGUCUCACUGACUCACUCAGUGAGAUAUACAUUCAAGCUAUCAGCGAUGCCUUCGACGAGCUCAUCUCACUCACAUCAGCUGCCGCCGCAGUACAGUGGCCGGAUGACACAUCGCGGCCAGCUAACCGCGUCAGAGGCCUGCACAUCGAGACCGAGGUCGGAGAGCUGCCUGCGGAUAAUUCUGCCCUGUGGAAAAUCCGGCAGCGGUAUCAGCAAGAGGCUCGUUCGAAAGAUAGCUCUUCCGUAACCGUCGUAGACGUCUCAAGACCGUAG